AUGGUCCACCUCGCAACCGUCAACACGCCCCCCGACUCGGGCUCCGACGACUCGGACACCACCGCCGAGCUCAAGAAGGUCCAGCAGCAGCUCUCCAAGGUCCAGCUCCAGCUCGCCGACGAGGAUGACAGCUUCACCACCAGCGUCUACGGCUCCCGCUUCGCCAACCAGGACCUGCCCAGGGCCGAGAUGCCCGAAGACGAGAUGCCCAAGGACAUCGCCUACCGCAUGAUCAAGGACGAGCUCAGCCUCGACGGCAACCCCAUGCUCAACCUUGCCUCGUUCGUGACGACCUACAUGGAAGAAGAGGCCGAGAAGCUCAUGACCGAAUCGUUCGCGAAAAACUUUAUAGACUAUGAAGAAUACCCCCAGUCCGCCGACAUCCAGAACCGCUGCGUCUCCAUGAUCGGCAAGCUCUUCAACGCCCCCGUGGGCGCGGGCGUCGGCGCCGUCGGCACCUCGUGCGUCGGCUCCUCCGAGGCCAUCAUGCUCGCCGUCCUCGCUAUGAAGAAGCGCUGGAAGAACGCGCGCCAGGCGGCCGGCCUGCCCGCCGACCGCCCCAACAUCGUCAUGUCGAGCGCCGUCCAGGUGUGCUGGGAGAAGGCGGCGCGCUACUUCGAGGUUGAGGAGAAGCUCGUCUACUGCGCGCCGGACCGCUACGUCAUCGACCCGGCCGAGACCGUCGCCCUCGUCGACGAGAACACCAUCGGCAUCUGCGCCAUCCUCGGCACCACCUACACAGGCGAGUACGAGGACGUCAAGGCCGUCAACGACCUGCUGGUGGAAAAGGACAUGGACGUCCCCAUCCACGUCGACGCCGCCAGCGGGGGCUUCGUCGCCCCUUUUGUCGUGCCCGACCUGGAGUGGGACUUCCGCCUCAAGAACGUCGUCUCCAUCAACGUCUCUGGUCACAAGUACGGCCUGGUAUACCCCGGCGUCGGCUGGGUCGUCUGGCGCUCCGCCGAGUUCCUCCCGCAGGAGCUCGUCUUCAACAUCAACUACCUCGGCGCCGACCAGGCCUCCUUCACCCUCAACUUCUCCAAGGGCGCCUCCCAGGUCAUCGGCCAGUACUACCAGCUCAUCCGCCUCGGCAAGAAGGGCUACCGCGCCAUUAUGUCCAACCUCACCCGCACCGCCGACUACCUCACCCGAUCCCUCGAGGUCCUCGGCUUCGUCAUCAUGUCCAAGCGCUCCGGCGAGGGCCUCCCCCUCGUCGCCUUCCGCCUCCCCGACGACGCCGCCGCCGGCGAGGACGGCGGUCGCACCUACGACGAGUUCGCCCUCGCCCACCAGCUCCGCGUCCGCGGCUGGGUCGUCCCCGCCUACACCAUGGCCCCCAAGACGAACGACCUCAAGAUGCUCCGCGUCGUCGUCCGCGAGGACUUCAGCAAGGCCCGCUGCGACUCCCUCAUCGCCGACAUCAAGCUGUGCAUGGGCCUGCUCGAGCAGAUGGACCACGCCAGCGUCCAGCGCCAGCAGGACUUCAUCCACAGGCACCACCUCACCAGCUCAAAGGCCUCCCACAACCACCCGAAAUUCAGAAAGGAAAAGCAUUCCAUACAGGGCAAGCAUGGCAAAACCCAUGCCAUCUGCUAA